GUGAUAUAGGCCACAUCUCUAUCAAUCAUCAGUCGAUUAGCUGUCAUGCAUUUAUUAUGAAAUAAAUAAUGUUGAUAUUAAUCAAAUAAUGUAUUUAAUAAUAAAUGUAUUGUUAGCUAGUUGAUGCUAUUAGACUUAUAAAGACCUCAAAUAAAUGCCAAUUAGUAAUAAUUUAGUUUCUGUGGCAAAGAAAGGAUUUCGUUACCAAAAUUGUCAAAAAACUAUUGAUAAUAAUGAAGAACGCACUGAAAAGAAUUUGUUAAAAAUUGGUUCUGCCUUACCUAAUAAAAAUAAACGAAGUUUUUGUAUUAGAUCACAUAGCACUUUAAAUGCAUCUGUAAUACAUGAUACUGCCGCUUUUUGUAGAUCGGUUACUUUACUUACACAACCUGAUGGAUUGUAUCAUGUAUCUAGAGUACAGGAAGAAAAAGAUAUUCAUCCGGAUAGAAUAAGUUUGGACCGACGUGGAUUAGUUUCAAUCCCAAUUAUCGAUGGGGAACCUAAACUUCGACUUUUAUCUUUACAACAUAAUUUGAUUACCAAUUUGGAAAUGAUAGCCAAACAAUGUUUUCCUAAUUUAUUGUUUUUAGAUGUUUAUGAUAAUCAAUUGGAACAGAUUCAAUAUUUAGAUGACUUGGUUAAUUUGAGGGUUUUAUUGAUGGGAAAAAACAGAAUAAAGAAAAUAGAAGGAUUAGAGAAUCUCACUAAUAUAGAAGUACUAGAUCUCCACGGUAAUUUAAUAACACAAGUCACAGGGUUAUCGAAACUAGCCAAUCUUAAAGUAUUAAAUUUAGCUGGGAAUCAAAUUAAAAUUAUAGGUGUAAAAGAUUUAGAAGGACUUCAUUCGCUUCAGGAAUUAAAUCUAAGAAGGAAUCGAUUGAAGAAAUUACUUGGUUUUGCAGAAGUUCCUAAUUUAGUCAAAUUAUUUGUCAGUAAUAAUGAGAUACAAUUUAUCGAGGAUAUGAGUAGUUUAGCAAAAUCGACGAACAUCAAAGAAAUAUCAAUAGAUAAUAAUCCUGUAUUACUGAGAGGUGACUGUAUGUCAUUUUUGGUAUCUUAUUUACCUCUUUUGAAUAAAAUUAAUUCGAUGCAAAUAACUGAUCAAGUACGAAAAGCGGCAAUGGCUUGGAGAAGAAAUAAAGAAGUAUCAUCUUCGAUGUUUAUGAAUCUCACAAAUGACGUAUCCCUCACUUGUCGACGAGACGAAGUUAUAUCUAACGCCAGAACUAAUUGGGAGUUUUUGAGAUCUCAAACGAAAUGUUUAACUACAAACGGAAAUGUCGUGGAAAGGAGUUUGAAUAAUCUAAAACCCGAUUUAGAUUUCAUCAUGACUCCAUUAAAUAAAACUUCUAAUAAAUGUUUGGGUAAAAUUCCGCUGUUGCAAGAAACAAAAUUGAAUAUAUCGAGGAGUUUAUCUCAGGACACUGAAACUUCACAAAACACUAUAUCGUCGAAUGAAUUUUUCAAAUUACCCCCUAUAUUGGUUCCCGUUAUUGAUAAAAUCGAAGAAAAACUUACUAUAGACAGUUAUGGUAGUUCUGGGACGAGCAGUAAUGAUCUUACUGAACAAACUAAUUCUUUUGUAUCCAAAGAGGAGAGUGAGUCAGACGGCGAAUCAGAUUUUGACGUCGAACUAGUUAAAGAUGAAAUUAUAAAACAAAUUCCUCUGGGACUCCCCCCAACUCCGUCUGAAUUAACUGAUGAGAGUAUAGCGAAAAAUUCCAAAGAUUUUGUCAUCACAAAUCUUCCAACGGAAAUUACAACCUCUUCAGAUACGACGAAUUCAUCAAGUGAAACCAAAAUUACAACUAGGAAUGUUAGAAGCGCCGGACAUAGCAAAAUAAUAUCCACAAAACAUUUUUGUAGAGCAUCUACUGCCAAAGCAAAAAAACAAACUUCUCCCGCUGUACCGAAAGAUAGAGAACAGGGGGGUGAUUAUUUAAUUGAAAUAUGCGGUAGACAUCUUAACGUAUACGGUCAAGGUGCUCUGAGAUUUAUCGAUAAAAUAUGGAAUAACAAUAAAGCGAACGAUGUUACGACAAUUAGAUUUUGUUACGUUAAUUUUAACAGCAUAACCGGUAUACUGAACAAAGUCAAACAUCGUUUUCCCAAUAUAGGACAUUUCGUUUUCAAGGAAACCAAUUUGACUUAUUUGGGACAGAUUAACGCUUUCGCCGAAAUACAGGGUUUGUCGUCGCUCUAUAUCGAUUCCGAAGGUAAUCCAAUAGGCGGUAAAAAUUGGAAAAACUACGCGAUAUUUAGAUUGGCCCAUUGGGGUUUGAGGAUGAUAAAUAACAAAGAGGUAUCGGAGCAGGAUAUAAAAGUGGCUAAUGAGGAAUAUCAGGGAUUGAGCGAUUUGGUUUUGUGGUCAUUACCCGGGUGUCUUCUACAACCUUUAUUAGUGCGUAUGAGGAUCGAUAUUAGUAAUAAUGCUGCUGGAGAAGAUGCGAAAAAUUGGUUACUUACAGCGGAUAUCGAUUUGAAAACUGUUAUUAGUAAAGAAGCGCUUCAGUGGAAAAAGCCUUCACAAAUACAAGAAGAAAAUUCGAUGAGAACCAAAGCUAAACAAAAUAUUCUAAAUUUAUUGGACGAAAUGAAGAACUCUAUGUACAAAUUAAUGCUGUUAGAUGAAGAAUGGCCCAAUAUAUUACACGGUUUCGUUCAGAGUACGUUGUUGGACUAUUCACAAAUCGAUUUAUACAUGAAGAAACAAAUGCAAGAGUUGACUAGGUGAACGAAAUCAGUGUUCGUUAAAAAAAUAUAACCGACUGACAAAAUAAUACUACUUAUGUACCUAUAAAGUGUGUCAUUUCAUUCACAAUCGCAUUUAAUAAAAUUAUUAAACGUU